AUGUCACAACCUUCUCCCACAACAGAGCAUCCGUCUGUCACCACUCCUGCCACUGCCGGAACACAGAAUCCAGUUUCACAAACAUCUGGCGCCAGUGCUGAGUCGUCAAGACCAGGCACGGCCAGUGCUCCGAAGACGGAGGCCUAUGGAGGCUAUGGUGGAUUUGCCCCGGGGAGACUUGUGACCGAAGUUGGUGGAGGAGCAAGUUCUCGUCGACAGUCGGCCGAGUCAACUGCACAAACUCCAUCCCGAGCCCUGGGCGUGCAUAGUAUUUUGAAUCCUCCAGCAGAUCCAGAAGAGAGGGAGCUUCCUCACGUCAGACUCCUUGGUCAGCCUGCCAUGAGUAUCACCCAGAGUUUACUUCCGGCGCCGGCUGAAUCUCCGCGAAGUCGAAAACGAACCGAUCCCAGAUCGCCGAUUCAAACUCGAGAGCAGGAUCAGCCGGCUUCCGCCCGUCUGGGAAGGCGUGUUCUGACACCAAAGUCGCCAGCAGUUCGUGCUACCAGUCUGGGAGCGAGAAGGAAUCCGACAUUUCAUUCUACCAUUCAACCAUUACAGCCUCUGCCAGGACCGGCGGGGCGGACGUACACGGCCGAACCUGGGCCAUACCGGACGUCGGAAAUCCCUCCCCUACCAUCGCUGGCUGUCGCGACUGGAUCGAAUUUGCCCAAUCUAGCGCCGCUCGAAACGGGGGGUCAACCUCGUUCGGCACAUGUGCCUGAAAGUCCUGCCCGUGGCCUGGAGCCGAUCUUGCCGCAGAGUGACCGGCCAUCCACCUCUCAGACAGCCUACGCCAAGCUCGAGCAGCCUUCCCCGAGUUACCGCUACGGCCUUGGACGGACGCCAUCUCAACCUCAACCUCCUGGUACAUUCAGAGUCUUGCCAGCCGCCGGUCCGGGUGGAUUUGGUCAGGAACACCAAGCGCAUGGACCUCAUGAAGGCUACCAAGCCGGCCAGGCUUCGUAUCAAAUGACCCUAGACACCGAUCAAGGUCCGAUGGUGGUUCCGGUCGAAUUGGACUUGCAGCAGGCAUCGAAAGUAGCAGACGAAAAGAGAAAGCGCAAUGCAGGGGCGUCCGCACGGUUUCGAGCGCGACGAAAGGAGAAAGAGAAGGAAGCAUCGCAGACGAUUUCGGGUUUGCAGCAAGAACUUCGAGACUUGAUUGAAGAACGAGACUACUAUCUUGCUGAAAGAAACUACUUCCGUGAAAUGGCGACGAGACACGUUCCUCCUGGGCAACUCCUCCCUCGACCUCCAUCCCCUCAACAGCGGAGACUAGCGGCGGCAGCGGCGGCGGCAGCGGCGGCAACAACAACAACUGGAGGGAGCUCUGAAAAUCCACCUGCUUUAGAUGAAUCGUAUCGCGACUUGCCAGAGAGUUCGACGGCUCAACGCCGUCGAACUGGUGACUACCAACCUACAUUUAUCGGACGACAGGCUCAUUCACCACCAACGUCUGCAUAUGGCGCUGGAUUUCCAUCUCAACCUCCUCUACCGCUUCCUCCGCCUGCUGGAUCGAGUCAAUUCGGAACGCCUAGAACACUACCUCCAGGACCUCCGCCUCCGUCCAUAACGCGAUCACAAUCGUACGACCCUUUUCGAAGAGAUCCUUUUGACAGGAGUUGGAGCUCGGGACGGUGA